AUGGUGGCCAGAACCCAAGGUGUGUUUGGUGCAGAUAUAGAUGCAGUGAAGUCAGUGUCAGUGACUGAAGGAGAUUCUGUCUCUCUACACAGUUAUGUUACUGAAGUAAAGAGAGACGAUCAGAUUCUGUGGAUGUUUGGACCUAAAGAGACGAGAAUAGCUGAAAUCUAUAAGGAAAACAUUGAUAUGUUUGACAAUAAUGAGAUAUUUGGAGACAGACUCCAGAUGGACAAUCAAACUGGAUCUCUGACCAUCAGAAACAUCAGAACUGAACACUCUGGACUUUAUAAACUGACCGUCAUCAGCAACAGAGGAACUUCAUACAAGAGAUUCAAUGUUUCUGUCUAUGCGCUUCUGCCCUUUCCCAUCAUCACCAGAGACUCUUCACAGUGUUCUUCAUCUGAAAGAUCAACAAACCAGAAUUGUUCACUGUUGUGUUCAGUGUUGAAUGUGAGUGCUGUGACUCUCUCCUGGUACAAAGGAAACAGUUUAUUGUCCAGCAUCAGUGUGUCUGAUCUCAGCAUCAGUCUCUCUCUACCUCUGGAGGUGGAAUAUCAGGAGAACAACAUCUACAGCUGUGUGAUCAACAAUCCCGUCACAAACCAGACCACACAUCUGGACAUCACUCAACUCUGUCAGCCAUGUGAAGACCAAAGUUAA